AUGAUUGUGGAGUCUGAACGUGAUCGCCCCGCCCUCAAGGAAAAUAUUAAUCCGGAACUGGCUAAUCAGCGACAUUUUCGAUUGCCAAAACUAGAAUUGCCUUCCUUCAAUGGUGAAGUAAAACAGUGGCUCACGUUUUGGUCGCAAUUUAAGAAAAUCCAUGGCGAUCCCAUGAUCGAUAACGAUGACAAGCCUCAAUAUCUUACGCAAUGCAUGGAAGUGGGGUCUAAAGCCAGAGAUAUGGUCGAGAGCUUCCCACCGUGCGGCAGUAAGUAUGAAGUAGUGGUAGACCAGCUUAAACAAAGGUUUGCAAGGGAUGAGCUGGUCAUAGAACAUUAUGUUAGAGAGCUGCUUCAGUUAACACUUUCUCAAGCGAAGGGCGUAUCAGGAUGGCCGAUUGCGUCCUUGCAUGAUAAAAUAACAACGCAAGUUCUAGCGUUAGAGAGUAUGGGCAGGACACAAAAUAAGUACGCUGCAUUUUUAUACCCGCUAGUGGAAGCCGCCCUUCCAGGAGAGGCGUUGAGAUCAUGGCACAGGUCAUGUACAGAUGGCAGCUGCAGUGGAGGCUACUCCCUAAACGAUCUUCUUCUAUUCGUCAAGCGGGAAGUUUUUGCAGACGAAAGAGUACGUUUAGCGAGAACUUUUACUAUGAAUUCGGUGGCCGGAACAUCAACUUCAUGUUUUACAACAGCGGAUGAAAAACAAAAGCCGCAACAGACACCUGCAAAGGUAUGUAUAUUUUAG